CGAUCCGCGGCCGCUGGGGCCGCGCGUCGCGAUGGGCUCGAGCUGGAGCAGCGAGGAGGAGCGGCAGCCGCUUCUGGGGCCCGUGCUCGGGCCUGCGCCGGCGACCGCCUGGAGAGGCCGGGAGGUGGCAGCUGCCCUGCCCGCAGCCACCACCCCGGGCCCGGGGCGGGUGUACGGACGCCGCUGGCUCGUGCUGCUGCUCUUCUCCCUGCUGGGCUUCGCGCAGGGCCUGGUCUGGAACACCUGGGGCCCCAUCCAGAACUCGGCGCGCCAGGCCUAUGGCUUCUCCAGCUGGGACAUCGCGCUGCUCGUGCUCUGGGGGCCCAUCGGCUUCCUGCCCUGCUUCGCCUUUAUGUGGCUCCUGGACAAGAGAGGUCUUCGGAUAACAGUGCUUCUGACAUCUUUUCUUAUGGUCCUGGGAACAGGUCUGAGAUGCAUACCUAUUUCAGACUUAACACUCAAAAGAAGACUGAUCCAUGGAGGACAGCUGUUAAAUGGAUUGGCAGGUCCCACGGUCAUGAACGCAGCUCCCUUCCUCUCCACAACGUGGUUUUCUGCAGAUGAACGUGCCACUGCCACAGCUAUUGCUUCCAUGCUCAGCUAUCUUGGUGGCGCAUGUGCAUUUUUGGUUGGACCGCUUGUUGUCCCAGCUCCAAAUGGGACAUCACCUCUUCUUGCUUCAGAGAGUAGCAGUGCACACAUUAAAGAUCUCAUAGAGACUGUAUUAUAUGCAGAAUUUGGAGUUGUCUGCUUACUAUUUUCUGCAACACUAACAUAUUUCCCAACCCGGCCUCCUCUUCCUCCCAGUGUUGCAGCAGCUAGUCAGAGGCUGAGUUAUCGGCGGAGCUUUUGCAGAUUGUUAAGCAAUUUUAGGUUUUUGAUGAUUGCUUUAGCAUAUGCCAUACCACUUGGUGUAUUUGCUGGUUGGUCUGGAGUUCUGGAUUUAAUUUUAACACCAGUGCAUGUCAGCCAAGUAGAUGCUGGCUGGAUUGGAUUUUGGUCUAUAGUCGGAGGCUGUGUUGUUGGAAUAGCUAUAGCAAGGUUUGCAGACUUUAUCAGGGGAAUGCUGAAACUAAUUCUCCUUCUCCUGUUUUCUGGGGCUACAUUAUCAUCCACAUGGUUUACUCUGACCUGUUUGAACAGCAUUACGCACCUACCCUUAACCACAGUGACCCUGUACACGUCCUGCAUCCUCCUGGGAGUCUUCCUCAAUAGCAGCAUACCUAUAUUUUUCGAGCUGUUCGUGGAAACUGUCUAUCCAGUUCCAGAAGGAAUUACUUGUGGAGUUGUCACUUUUUUAAGUAAUAUCUUCAUGGGAGUACUUUUAUUUUUUCUCACGUUUUAUCAUACAGAGUUGUCUUGGUUCAACUGGUGCCUUCCCGGGUCGUGCUUACUCAGUCUCCUCCUCAUUCUGUGCUUCAGGGAAUCCUAUGACAGACUCUAUCUUGAUGUGGUUGUGUCAGUUUAAUAGCACAGACUUGAUGGAGUUUAAAGGGAGACUGGAAAUCAGCACUGCAAAUCGUUCAUUUGCUUGGAAUUGCACAUCCAGCAUGAAGAGGACAAAGAAGAAAGAAGCAUCAUUUGAUAAUCACAUCUAUUUAAUUACUUCCGAGGAAUAAUAACGUAGGACGUGUGUGAUGAUAAGGGAUUUUUAAAUUCCAUAAGCAGCAUACCUGUGCCUGAUUCAGGGAUUGGAGUUGUGAUAUUUUACACACAGAAAUCACUACCUAAAUAAUACGUUCUGUGUUUUGUGCCAGUGCUAACUACUGAAAGGAAAGUUGUAAUUAUGAAAAGAAGUAAAGGGUGUCUAUGACAUGAAGAUAACCCCUUCCCUCAGUCACAGAUAAAAAUAUGAGGAAAUGCCACUAACUUCUAAAGAAGUUUAAACCCUCUAUCAGAUUUUAAUUCUAAAAUAGCUGAGAGGCAUGUCUAUGUUAAAAUUAGCCACCUGUACACUACAUUUUUUUCUAAUAAAGCCAUUUCUUAUAUGACUUAUUUUUGAUUAGGUCAGAACCCUCAGCCUUCUUUAUUAUGGUGAACAAGUGCUUUCCAGGGACUUCAAAGCACACUCUUUGUGCCUCGGUCUCAGCUUUUCCCUGUUUUUGUGAAGUAACGUUUCCUCUCUUAGGAUCUUAAAUAGUUAUAUUAAAGGUGACUAAAUGUUUAAUAUAGUUGCAUUCAAUAUUGUAUAAACAAUGUACUUCUAUUCUACUUUAGCACUUUGUUAAAAGUGAAAUGAUAAUUUACAUAGAAUAUUCUGUGUCUUCAGCCUAUAUAUAUGUAUUUAAACAUACAUAUAUAUAAUUAUAUAAUGGCAUGGGAUGUAAAGUCCAGGGCCAGCUAUUAUUUACCGGGGUUACAUUUUAUUUAAAUGACCCUUGUUUGAAAAUAAUUUAUAAAAUUGAAACUUUGAACUCUGUGGAGUAAUUUCUGAAUUACCUUCUUGUAUUUCAAUUCAAGUUGUAAAAUAUUCUCUUCUAUAUGGAGUCAAUAUAUUUGAGAGAUCAGUA